CAAAAUCACUCGCAUCAUUAAAUAAAUAAUUUUGCGAGAUAUGCCACGACAAUGGAUGCUUAUAUGUGCUCAACUUGCCGUACUCACUUCAGCUCUUGUUGACUACGUCUUUGCAGCCGAGAACAAGUAUGGAACUAUAUCAGUGGUAGGACCCGCCUUUGUGAACAGGGAGGUAACACUGAAAGCGACACCGUUCUACCCUUGGGAAUGUGAGGUAGAAUGGAGAUACAUAAUGGAAGGUGGAACACAAUUACAAACAAUGCAUGGGCCAAAAGUUACAACAUAUUCGGAGGAUGGGUCAUUCUUUUUAAAAUGGAGGCCUUCAAUUGAAUACAACAUAUCUGAUUUCUAUGCCGGAUGUUCAACAAACAAAACGAUUAGAACACGCAUGGUACCGAUACAUCUGAAAGAAGAAGGUAACCUGCCCAAGCUAAUAGUUCCUGAAUUCCUUGAUGGAGAAGGUUCAACAACAAUAUGUGAAGUGCGUAAUGUUUUUCCCGCUCCGGAAAUAGAAAUACACGUUGACAAAGAAUUACUAGCUGACGCUCAACAAACCGAUUCAUUUAAUCGAUCAUCUCUUACGUUCACAAGUUUAGCAAAGGUGACAAAGGCUAACAAAACGUGGAAUGGAAAAAAAAUGUGCUGCACCAGGAAAAUCAAAUAUGAUAUUGGUUUAUACGAUAAGACCGUCUGCAAACACAUUAAUAUGAAAUAUCCGCCGUCGGACCUUUCGAUGUCCGUACACAAAAUACAUGAAUAUACCAAUAGUGUUCAUGUCUGUUUAUUAGACAUGUCUUGUGAAACGAAUGAAUCAAAUCCACCUUGCACAAUUGAAUGGGCAAGUGUGACCGAUAACUUGCAAUACGUUCGACGAAGCAACUGGACAAAUGGUGACAGUGGGAGGUUCCGUUCUGUUUCCAACGUGAGUUUCAGUGUUUCUAAAGACAUGCCUGGGACAAUUACAUGUGCAACAAGAUGCGAUCAUUUCAAAUCUCAUUUGAAUACAACUUAUACAGUAACUUUUCAAGGUGACCCGACUUUGAAUUUGAACACGACAUCACCUGUUCAUUUAUAUCCGACUCUUACAGUGACCGUCAGAUGUCUUGUUGAUGAUAACGAUGCUAAAGGACAAUGGACGCUUUGGUGGGAAGAUGAAAAUAGCACUGAAAUGAAGACAUGUAACAAAACAGACGAAUGCCUGUUAACACUUCAUUAUGCGAGAGAUGGCGAAAAUAUAUACACUUGCAACGCUUGGAAAUCAAAUGUGCUUCUGAAAUAUUCCUUGACCGUAAUAAGCGCAACAGCAGAUGGUCGUCAAUCCCACGAAACUGACAUUCAUACAUUCCGAUUUCCUGUCAUCAAUGUACUUAUCGGAGCAGGUGUUAUAGGUGGACUCUGCAUCCUGUUUGUUAUUGGAAGAUGUAUGCUUCUUAAACGGCAAAAGAUCGACGUAAUUAACACAGUAGAAAUUGUUGAAAACCACAGCGACACCUCGUCGGACAAUGAAGUGCUACACAUAGCAACGGAAGGAGUCCAGUACGCAGUCGUGCAGAGGCAGGCGGCCACACAGAGGAUUGAAACGCAGAACCCACAGGAUGACGAAUGCCUCAAAUACGCCGAAUUGGACAUCAAAUUCCUACAGGCAGCCAACGCCCUAGUCCCGUCAAGGAAAAAGAAUACGCCGACGGAGUAUGCUGACAUUGAGUUCUUUUCGACACAGGGACCUGUUGUUGAACAUCCUGGGUACCAUUAUGCAUCAGUGUAGAUGUAGAUCAAAAGAUCAAAGCAUAUAACCCGAACAUACCACCUUAUUGUCAUGUUUCUAUAUUGUAUUUCAUAUGUAUGAUGUUUUAUAAAAUCAAUUGUACCAAUAGUGUUAAGUCUAGUUUUAUUAUUAUUAUUAUUCAUAAAAGUAUGUAUUCCCUCAGUCAUACAAAUGUUCGAUAUAGUUUACACCUUAGUCAUGCCACUCCUUAUGAUAAAAAUGUUUGCAAUUUGGUAGUUUUAUUUUGCUGUUGUUUUAUAUGAUCUUUUGAUUUUAUAUAUGUUAAUGCCGAAGAUUAUGUUUUAAGAAAAGGCAUUUUAUCGGAUUAACUCUUACUCACUCACUCACUCACUCACUCACUCACUCACUCACUCACUCACUCACUCACUCACUCACUCACUCACUCACUCACUCACUCACUCACUCACUCACUCACUCACUCACUCACUCACUCACUCACUCACUCACUCACUCACUCACUCACUCACUCACUCACUCACUCACUCACUCACUCACUCACUCACUCACUCACUCACUCACUCACUAACUCACUCACUCAAUCACUCACUCACUCACUCACUCACUCACUCACUCACUCACUCACACACUCACUCACUCACUCACUCACUCACUCACUCACUCAAUCACUCCUUCACUCACUCACUCACUCACUCACUCACUCACUCACUCACUCACUCACUCACUCACUCACUCACUCACUCACUCACUCACUCACUCACUCACUCACUCACUCACUCACUCACUCACUCACUCACUCACUCACUCACUCACUCACUCACUCACUCAUUCACUCACUCACUCACUCACUCACUCACUCACUCACUCACUCACUCACUCACUCACUCACUUUUGCUUACUUGCAGGCUCGUUUUAUUUUGAUGUUGAGACCUCGUAAUUCGGGUUACCCCAUUUCCAAGUUAACUUUUUCGCUGUAUGUUUUGAUGCGGUGACCAAAUCAUUUACUUAUAAACGACAAUUUGAUAUGUAUAUUGAAUGGCAACCAUUAUGUAUGUGUGUAUGUUGUUCAUGAAGUGAAAUGUUUCAAAAGGUUUUUAAUCAAAUAACAUUACAUUAUGUUUGGCCGUUCUGCUUGUCAUUGCAGUUUCCAUUGUAUUUCUGAAAGUGUUAAUAGUCGGCUAAUCAGAUCCGGAAUCUCAAAUACCAAUGUACAGUCCAUGACAUUUUCCUUUACAAUCAUUAUCUCAAGAGCAAAAAUAUUGUGUGUAUCAAAGUAUUAAAAUAACAAAUGAAUGCAAUAACGAACAUGAUAUCAGUGCUUGUUCC